AUGAAGAUGGGUCCAACGUCAUCUCAAGUUAUGUCGAGGUUGAACCUGCAACCAAACCCAGAAGGUGGUUUUUACGCAGAAACAUUCAGAGACUUUUCCGUUAACCUUUCCACUUCUCAACUUCCCCCUCGAUACAAGGUCGGUCGUCCGAUUAGUACAAUCAUAUACUUCCUGCUUCUAACCGGGAGUGUAUCUCACCUCCACCGUCUUCCAAGUGCAGAAACAUGGCACUUCUACAUGGGUGAACCUCUAACGAUAUUGGAAAUGUAUGAAAAAAAUGGAAGUGUCAAGUUAACGACCAUCGGACAAGAUAUUGGGGAAGACCAACGACUGCAGUAUACGGUGCCACCGGAUGUGUGGUUUGGUGCGUUCCCUACAAGAGACUACAACGUAUCGACGAUGGAUUAUUCAGUCGUGAAAAAUGCAGCGAGGGAUGCAGAGAAGCAUUUUUCGCUGGUGGGAACCACGGUUGCGCCUGCUUUCGAGGUCGACGACUUUGUGCUGGCUAAUCGUUCUCAACUCGUUUCUUCUUUUCCUGCUUAUCAAUCGCUUCUUUCUAUGAUCACACCUUCUGGUUAGAAGGCACCACGUCCAUGUAUUUUAGGGUAUUUGAUUCGGAUCAUGUGUAAAAUACAUGUUGUGAGAAGGUAUAGAUGUAUUGGAUUUGUUUUAAAUACUUCCGUAAUAAGAUGUUAUUUAUGGUUUUCCACGCAUGUUUGGUGACUUGUCUAAAAUAAUGUCGUUUUGGU